AUGCCUGAAGCGACAGGGAAUAUUCCUAAUCCUGUAGACUUCAUGGCUGCUCUAGCAGGGAAUAUGGCCGCGGCGAUGCAAGCAACCGCCGAAGCCCUGGGAAAUCAGAUAAAUAAUGGUAACAAUGACAACAACGGCGAUAAUGGUCCUAUGACGCUUUCCUCCUUCCUAAAAGUUCAUCCUCCGACCUUUAGAGGAACCUUGAACCCUACUGAUGCGGAUAACUGGGUACAAGCCAUUAAGCGAGCAUUACAGGCUCAGCAGGUUCCUGAAGAACAGUGGGUUGGGUUUGGGACUUACCUGCUGCAAGGUGAAGCUCAGCAUUGGUGGCAGGGCGUGAGGCGCAUUCUGCAGCUUGAUGGGGUUGUGAUCUCUUGGGAGUUAUUCCGAGAAGAAUUCUAUAAGAAAUACUUUCCCAGUUCAUCCAGAAAUGCUAAGGAACUUGAACUGCUUCAGCUGAAACAAGGUCAGAUGACCAUCACUGAGUACACUAGCAGGUUUGAGGAACUGUGCCGUUUCUCACGAAUUUGUCAGGGAGCUCCUGAGGACUUUGCUGAGUGGAAAUGCAUUAAGUUUGAAGGAGGCAUUCGGAGCGACAUUCAGAUCUUUGUAGCACUUAUGGAGAUCCGGGUGUUUUCUGAACUUGUGAACAAGAUUCGUAUAACUGAAGAAUGUGUGAGGAACGCAGCUGUGGCAAAGAAUGAUAACUGA